CAGUCUCCUGUUUCUACUUCUGUUUGGCAGUUCAGGGUAAUGAAGAUAACAUGCAUCUAAUAACCCAAAGCUGUGUCCUUUUUUUGUGGAUGCACUCGCUGACCUUUGUGAAAGGUCGAGAGUGUACACUUGAACAGUUUUUAAAUAGCCCCCAGUAUAAUCAAAAUUUUGACACAAGUGGUCUGGCAGCCACAUACAGUGGUGGAAGGCAAGUCAGAGUGGGCUGCAAUGUUGGCUUCAGUGGCUUUUUCAAACUGAUCUGUGUCGAGGGAAAAUGGGACACCAAAGGCACAAUAUGUACACUAAAACCAUGUGGUCAUCCCGGUGAUUCCCAGAAUGCAGAUUUUCAACUGGAAAAGGGAGAGGAUUUUGUAUUUGGGUCACAGGUGAAAUACACCUGCCACAAAGGUUAUCAAAUGGUCAGUCGCACAAACUACCGGCGUUGCAUGGCUGAAGGCUGGGAUGGUAAUAUUCCUGUAUGUGAAGCACAACAGUGUCCAAUAAUCGACGUGGACAGUCAUGUCCAAGUGAAUGGGGACAUUGAGGAAGCAACCUUUGGGAAUGUAGUUCGAUUCAGCUGCAAGUCCAGCUCUAAAGUGUUGUUUGGGUCAGCCGAGAUGUAUUGUGAUGAAAAUGGAGAGUGGGUGGGCGAAUCUCCAAAAUGCAAAGAGAUAAUAUGUACAGCACCCGAGAUUGAACAUGGUGAAGUGCUUGGACAAACCCAAGAGUACAAAGAAGAUCAAUUCCUGGAGUUUCAGUGUGAUCACUUAUUUACAAGCGUUGGAGCCAGAUCUUCAAAAUGCACAAAGCAAGGAGUAAGAGCAGAAUGGAGCCCCACACCUCUGUGUGAACCAUGUUCAAACGUUAAAGUCCAACAUGGAUUUGUAGUCGGGCCAUACAACGACACCCUGUACUACACCUGUGAAGAAGGAUAUAAGCUUCCAACCAAAGGCUGGUGGGCUGAGGCCAAGUGCAAUGACAGUGUGUCGUCCGAACUUAAAACAUGCAUCGAGAAUACAACGUGUGGAGAUCUUCCUGUUAUUCUUAAUGGGAAAGUGACAGUUGCACUCACAGGGGAAAGCGCCCAGGUUAAUUGUACAGAAGGAUACAGCACUGAGGUGUCGCACUUUAGUUGUCUUGAUGGAGUACCACUGAAAAUAAUCUGUAAACCUGAGGCCAAUCCCUGCAUUCCUCCAGAUAAAGUACAAAAUGCAGUUGUCAUGACUGCAUAUCAGAAAGAAUACUUAUCUGAUUCUGAAGUUACUUAUAAGUGCCGUAAAAGCUAUACAGCGAAGGGAGAAACCACGAUUCGAUGCAUUGAUGGGCAAUGGGGGGAAACGAACAUAAUGUGCACAUGCUCUGAUGCUGCCUCCCCAGCAGACCGCAGCAAAGAAGAGUGCACUAGCCACAACAGACUAGAAGAUCUCCAGCAUCUUGCUGCACACGUUGAAGGAUCUCAGCUUCCUCAGAAAAUAGAGUCUGCUCAUCCCCUUCUUGUGCACAGCACUUUGUCACUGCUCCUCAAAAUGCAAUUGUCUCUAAUCCUCUUGCUUCUUCAACUGUGGGGGAAUGUGGAGGUUACCUUAUCACAGAAUGCAUGUCCAAACGUCCCACAUAUUCCUCAUGCCCAUGUGGUUGACAAGACCGAAAAAGCUGAGUACCAAGGAGGAAACGUGAUACAUUUCGCCUGUGAAACUGGUUAUAUAUCAGGUCCAACCAUCAAAUACGUAUGUACAAACGAAGGGUGGCAUGUACUCCGUGCAGGAAGUUGCUACUUAAAGCCAUGUGAACUCCCUGACGACACUCCCAAUGGCUUUUAUCAAAUCACCCACGGGGAAGAGCUUGUUUUUGGAACAAAAAUUAAAUACUUUUGUAAUGAAGGGUAUCAGAUGGUGAGUAAGGAUGACACCAGGACUUGUUUCCUGGACAAUUGGACCAAUCACUUGCCAAUAUGUGAACAACCAAAGAGCAACAACUAG